AUUAAUCCUCGAAGGAUGUAAUAAACUGAGCAAAUUCCCCAUUCUAUAGGAAAAGCCAAGGGCCUCAUUUUUUUGAACUUGCAAGGAUGUGAGAAACUCCAAGGGCUGCCCCAAGAAAUGGGCAAUUUGGAACAACUGCUGGAGCUUAACAUAAGACAAACUGCUAUAGAGGAAAUUCCUCCAUGGAUAGAUUCUUUGAAGAAGCCGGAGAUGCUUAAUGCUCGUGGUUGCGAAUCACUUGGUUAAAAUUCCCGACUCAAUUAGCCAUUUGGUAAAUUUGUCGACCCUUGACUUGAGCUAUUGCAUCAGGUUAUGUAGACUUCCAGAGAGCAUUGGAUCCCUCAUGAAAUUGCAACGCUUGUUAUUAAACGGAGUGAAGAAUCCAAAAAGUUCCCAAUUUGAUCAUGCUCUCUGUAAUAUCCCAAACUCAAUUGGAAAGCUGGAGUGGUUGAUUGAAUUGAACUUGUCAAAUUCAGGCAUUUUGGAAUUGCCUGAAUCCAUUGGGGAUUUGAAAAACUUGAAAAUUUUGAAUAUUGCUUAUAAUGAAGGAUUAAGUAGUUUACCUAGCACUAUUAGCAAGUUGGGCAACCUUGAAGAAUUCGAUGCUACAGAAUGCGAGACUCUGGGAGGGGAAAUUCCCAUAGAGGGUUUGUCUUCACUGAAGAUCCUUCGAUUAAGUUCGACAUGCAUUUCUGGCUUCCUUGAUGCAUUUGAUAAGCUAUCUCAUCUGGAGACACUUGAUGUAUAUGACUGCCAGAUGCUUCAAUCGCUGCCACAAACAAUCAGUAAGCUCCCUUCUCUGCAACACCUUAAGUUAACUAGUUGUGACAAUUUUCGAUCGCUGCCAGAGCUUCCUACCUGUUUAACGGUUUUGGAAAUCUCCUGUCAACAUCACACAUUGCCUCAACUUUCUCAUUUAAUCCACCUAAAAGGGCUCACUAUUGUGGAUUGCCAAUGGCUAGAAUCCAUGCCAGAGCUUCCCUUAGGAUUAGUGGAGCUUCACGUCCACGGUUGUGAUGAGUUGACAGAGUUACCGAAUUUGUCAAGUUUGAAGUUCUUGUCAGAAUUAGAUCUCAGUUCGUCCAGCGAGCUCAUAGAAAUCAAGGGUCUAGGAGCUUUAAAAUCCUUAGCAAAACUAAAUGUAUCUGGAUGCUCGAAGUUGUCCAACCUUGACGGCCUUGAACAUCUUGAGUCUUUGAGAUUCUUGUGUAUGAGUAUGUUCUCUGGGUCAGAUGCUCCAGCGUUGAAUGAUGAUCUAUUUCGAGGCCUUGACAAAUUGAAAAUCUUGGAAGAGCUGCAGAUGUGGUAUUGUCAGUCCCUUAUAAGACCGGACCUUUCACAAUUAACACAUAGGAAGCAAUUAAGUACUCGUGAAUGCCACAAUCUAGUCGAAAUUAAAGGUCUUGAAAGAUUGAAAAUCUUGGAAAAAUUGGAUAUAGAGGGAUGCAGAUCCAUUGAAAAAUUCCCAAGCCUCUUGUGCUUUGAUAACCUGAGACAUUUGAACAUUAGAGGGUGCUCGAAGCUUGGUGAUGUUCAGGGACUGGAGAAAGUCCCAGUUGUGUUUAAAUGAGGGAUUCAGCUUCGAGCCUCAGCAAAUUGUCCACAUCAGUCUAAUUUCGAAGAUUAAAUGAAAUGAUGGGGUUUAAUCUCGCAUGACCUUGUGGAGAUUCCAGAGCUCCAGAAAUUGAGGAAACCAAGACGUUCAGCGAUGCAACUUAUCGGAAUUUCAUACGUUCAUUGCACUACUAUUGCAGAGAGAAAAGUUGGCCCGUGAGAAGAUUGCUCCGAUGAGUCAAGCACAAUGGCCACAAUGUCCGGAACGAUUCACGUUUCCCUCAAAAGCGUAUUGUUUUCCUUCCUUUACGUGAUUCUAUCAAUGGGCAAGCUAAUGGAGGAGCAUGGAAUGAUGCUACUGAGAAAUCACUCUCUUGAUAAUGCCAACAGUCAUCAGAAUGCCUUGAAAUGUCAUAGCCAUCGAGUAAGAUUGCUCAUCCUCCAUAAGCUAAUAAUGACUAUUGCAACCAAAUCUGAGUUGUAGUUUUCUGGGAGUACUGAUUUUGAAGAAUAGUUUGCUUCCUCCUUGACAUCCAGGUGGUUAUGUUUAUUUGCCUAUGCUGAUAUUCAUUUUAUCCGUCACGAUGCUCAAAUGGAAGAACAAUUGCUUCAUCUAAGCCAUACGUACUUUUUAAGAAACCCCUCAACUUCAGUUAUCUCAGUCCCUUUAGAAUCCUUUUUGUGGAAAGGAAAACAAAGGCACCUUCAAUACUCUCUACUCUUUUUCCCAUUUGUUGCAACAGAACGAGAACAGACAAAGACAGAACACGAAAGUUGAAAGAGAGGGGUGAUCGCGAAGUGAGGUGGAGGGAUCCGAGUUGAUAUGUCCAUUGAACAAGGAAAGAGAUUCAGGGCUUGUGGAGGUAUAUUCCGGCAAGCAAAGCAGCUUCCGUGACAAGAGAGAGGAUGUCGAUGACAUCCUCAACUCAGCGUUUACUUCCUUCAAACAUUCGCCCUCCGGAGUUCUUGAAGUUGGCCAUGCAGCUCAGCAAGUUUUGGCUGCACUCCUGACUUAAGAGAGUUGUCUGCACGAAUCCCUCAGGACUCAAUGUUACAGCUCCCAUACGUUUUUGUGGGCGAUAUGACCUUGUCUAUAAAUAAAAGUUAAAAUUAAACCAUCCAACAAUAUGAUUUCUUCAUCAUUGAUGUCGAUUGGUACAUUUGAAACAAUAUGAUUUCUUCGUCAUUGAUAUCGAUUGGUACAUUUGACAAGCCAAAAUAUUUGUGAUGUUAUUGUCCUAGAACGGUCAAUGAGAGAGAUAAUCUAGAUA